AUGAAUGGAAAAGGUUAUUGGUCCUUACACUUCGAUUUUUCCACCGAUUUUCUCGAACUUUUCUCAAUUUCGUGUUCCAUCUUUGAUUUCGGUAUUAUGGGUCCGAGAGUAGCUCCUCAACAACAACAAAGGAAUGCAUUGAGGCUACACCCUUUUUACGAAUUUCCUGAUGAUAUCCCACAAGAAAUGUUGAAAAGCUACAUGAACAUGUUGGGAUGGCUCUAUAAUCAAGAGUUUGCCAUUUCACCAACAACAGAAUGGGACAAGCUGAAUGAAAUUAGGAUAUUGGAAAGAUUGAACCCGUAUCUUACAAAAACAUUCUUUGAAAAUGGGGCAUCUUUCACUUGUAACGGGUAG